GACCACAUCAUAUCAUAUUGAAAUAUAUUCGUGUUUAGUUGUUUGCUUGUACAUUAUACAUUGUUGUAUUGUAUCUACUAUCUAUAUUUCAGCUUCAGCUUGUGUAAAGAAAAGUUACUUCAGCAAAAAGAGCUCUAGUACUAGUGAGAAAUAUAUAUUAUAUAUAAUAAUUAUAACUAUACACAUAUAUUUUGUUAUACAUGCAUGUAUGUGCUGCUCUUCAAUAUAAAAAUUUUUAUAUUAGAAAUUUUCUGUGUUGCUGUUCAAAAGAUAUUUUUGUGAAGUGAAUUCUCAAUUCAAUAUACAAACAGUGUGGAACAGUGAGUUUGAGCAAAGUUAUAAAGGAAAAAAUUUUUAUAAAGGAAAAAAUUUAUUUAAUAUAAAAGUAUUUUCGUGGCCAUUUUUUAAAUAUAAAUUUCUCAAAAAAUUUAUUCUGAUUUCAAUUAUUCUUCAUUGAAUUAAAUUUCUUAAAAAAAAAAAGAAAAACAAGAAAAAAUGGGUGAAAGACCAAAGCGUCCACUAUCUGCUUAUAUGUUAUGGUUAAAUGAAAACAGAGAAUCGAUUAAAAAAGAAAAUCCAGGUAUUAAAGUAACAGAGAUAGCAAAAAGAGGUGGUGAAUUAUGGAGAGGAAUGAAGGAUAAAACAGAAUGGGAAAAUAAAGCUGCCAAAAUGAAAGAUGAAUAUACAAAAGCAAUUAAAGAAUAUGAAGCUAAUGGUGGUACAGAUACUGGUGCAAGAAAACGCAAAAAUAAGAAGGAUAAACCAGCAAAGAAAUCCAAAAAGAAGGAAACUUCAGAAGAAGAAGAAGAAGAAGAAAGCGAUUAAGUUAUUCACAAUUUUAAUAAAACAAACAAAACAAAAAAAAACAAA